AUGGCUGUGUCCCCCACACCCGAGCAGUGGGAAUCUGUUCUGGACAACACAGUGCAGCCGAGUACAAAUUGGAGUUUGGAUCCUUGGGCCGAGGCACCUGAAGAAUUUGAUUUGGGCUACUGGAUGAACAUCCUCAUUCUGGUCAUUGCCCAGGUAGGGCUGGGAGUGAACAGCCUCGUCCUGUGGCUCCUGGGCUUCCGCGUCCAGAGGAGCCCCUUCUUCGUCUACAUCUUCAACCUGGCCGGGGCUGACGCCCUCUUCCUCGGGAGCUUCUUUGGGUGGUACAUAUGUCAAAUUAUUGAAGAUCUCAGUGCUUACUUUGCCUGCUACCUGCUAAAUUACUACAUCCUAUACAUGUCCCACUGUGUGGGCCUGAGCCUGCUGGCGGCGAUCAGCACCGAGCGCUGUCUCUCCGUGCUCUUCCCCAUCUGGUACAAAUGUCACCGGCCCAAGCAAGCGUCUGCGGCCGUGUGCGCUGCCCUGUGGGCUCUGCCGGCGCUGUUCUGUGGAGUACUCGUGGCUCUUUAUUUCCUUGAGAAUCUCGACGUUUUCCACGCUUUUGCCUUCGCUCUGCCCUUCCUCGAGUUCGGGUGGUUCUCCCUCCUCACCUGUGUGUUGUGCGUUUCCAGCCUGACGCUCGUGCUGAGGGUCCAGUGCAGCUCCCAGCGCCGGAGGCCGCCCAGGCUCUACCUCCUGAUCCUGCUCACCGUCCUCGUGUUCCUGCUCUGCGGCCUGCCUUUGGGGAUUAUUGAUUCAAUUGUUUUUUUCAGAGGCUCCCCUUCAAAGUAUUAUUGGCUCGCUCGGCUCCUGGCCUGUGUGAACAGCAGCGCAAACCCUUUCAUUUACUUCUUUCUGGGCAGCCAAAGGUGUAGAAGAGGGAGGGAGCCCCUCAGGGUGAUCCUCCAGAGGGCCCUGGAGGAGGAGCAGGAGAGGGACACUUCCCACACCAACGCUCUGGACAUGUCACCCUAA